CACUUAAAAUAAUAUAUAUUUUUUGUGGAGUAUGCCACCUACUCCCCUGAAAUUUAAUCCCUACCCUUCAUACACUUUUCCACCCUCUUUCUGAAAUCAGCACGGAAAAGAAGCAGCAGAAACAGUGCGCCCCAUUAAAAAUGGCUUUACAAGCUAAAGACAUGGGCUAUUCCGGAACUCUAACACAGGGUUUACCAGCAAUUUCAACAAGGAGAGAAACAUACAGUUUUAUCAAUGUCUUAUGCUGGCAUACUCUUCACUUUGUAGUCACCAUCAUUGUAUUUGUUGCAAGUGUAAUCAACAGUUUACGGUACGUUUUGUUUGUCACAAAAUCUAUAGAAAAAUACAAGGCUUUGCAAGGAAAGAAACCUCAAAUUGUGGGUGUGGUAAUAGAAAGCCAGGAAGCUGGCACUGAGGCAUCUAAAAUUUGUGACCUGCUUUUGUGGCUAUCUGAAGUUGGUGUGCAACAUGUGACCCUUUAUGACAUGGAAGGUGUGUUGAAACAAUCUAGGAGGGUUCUUGAGAAGACCACAUGCAAUCUUAACAAAGGGAUACAAUUCAUUGACACAUGGCAGGAUUAUAGAAAACAGAACUCCAAUUACCCAAGCACUGAAAACACUACAAUGACAGUAGAAUUAUUAUCUCUCUGUGAUGGAAAAGAGGGAAUUGCAAAGGCUGCUAGGUAUCUCUGUUCAGACAGUUCACAAAAAAAUGAUUUAAAUGGACAGCAUAUGAAUUUAAAGUUGACAGAGGCUGACAUAGACAGAGGAUUGGAAGCAACUGGGUAUGCAGGGCCAGAGCCAGAUCUUCUGUUUGUAUUUGGAUAUACUCGGUGCUUGUUGGGGUUCCCUGCAUGGAGGGUUCGAUUUACAGAAAUCAUCCAUAUGGGAAUGCUUAAAUCCUUGACAUUAAACUCUUUGCUCAAGGCACUGGAUCAGUUCUCUACCAAGAAUCAGAGAUAUGGUACAUAAUUUAUAGACUUGUAAGAUUGCCAGGGUUUCCUUAAUUGCUUUUAAAUGCAGUUCAUGCUGCAGAAAGACCUCUAUCCGAAACUGUAAGAUUAUGUAUUUGAAGUUGUGAAUAACGUAUAUUACCGAUGAACUAGUUACUAGAUAAAUAUGUAUAUUAAGUUAUAAUUGAUAAACCACAUACAGCAUGAACUUCAAUUUAUGUGUUUUGAUCUGCACGGAACAGUUACUAGACUAUAGAAAAAUAACCAAGUAUUCUCUCCUGAAUAUGGAAAAAACAUAUUAUAGAACCACAAGUGUUGCCUUUUCAUAGGUUCAUACUAUGUAUUCCAUUACAAUAUUUUUCUGAUAAAUUUGUGUGACAUUAUUGUAGAGUU